AUAUUCCAAAUUUUCUAAACUACAAAGAAUAUUUGCUUAUAUUUUACGAUUUUUACAUAAUUCUAAAUCAGUAAAUUAUAACAACAAGCUUACUGGAAUCUUAACUGUGGACGAAUUGAACAAUUCAUUUCACUUUAUUUGUCGUGUAUCACAAAAACAAUCUUUUAUUUCAGACUACAGAAAAAUGCAGGAAAACAAGCAAUUAGAAUCAAAAUGUAAACUAUUAUGCUUGUCGCCAUUCAUGGAUACUAAUACCAAUCUAAUUAGAGUCGGUGGAAGGAUAGGUACUUCUAAUUAUCCAUUCAAUAAGCGACAUCCUAUUCUACUGGAUUCUUCUCACCACAUAUCUAAGCUCUACUUUGAACGCGAACACAUACGGAAUCUUCAUGCCGGCCCACAAUUAUUAUUAUCCAUUAUUCGAGAAUCAGUAUGGCCUAUCAACGGUAGAAAGUUAGCACGACGUAUUGUCAAAAAUUGUGUCACCUGUACACGUGUUCGCGGCCAAACUUUAUAUCCUAAAAUGGGAAAUUUACCUGCCUAUCGUGUUUCCGUUGACUACCCUUUUAAAUCGGUAGGUGUUGACUACGCGGGCCCCUUCUUUAUUCUAAAUCGUAAGGGGCGCGGAGCAAAAUUAUUGAAAUGCUAUUUAUGUUUGUUUGUUUGUCUGCGUUUCAAAUGCGUUCAUUUAGAGGCUGUCAGCGACCUUACCAAGGAAGCCUAUAUUAUGACGCUACGUAGAUUCGUUGCCCGUCGAGGAAAACCAACGGAGAUAUAUUCCGACAACGGCCGAAACUUCGUUGCCGCUGCUAAAGACAUUACUAAAUUCCUAAAUGAUAAUCAACAAUCUUUAUCUGAGUUUGCAUCGGAGGAAGGAAUAAAAUUUAAUUUUAUACCAGCUUAUGCCCCUCAUUUCGGUGGCAUAUGGGAAGCCGGAGUAAAAUCGGCUAAAUACCACAUUAAACGUGUCAUGGGAAAUACCCAUUUAACCUUUGAAGAACUAUGUACAUUAUUCGCACAAGUGGAGGCAAUACUAAACAGCCGUCCAUUGUGUCCUAUGUCAUCAUCCCCUAACGACUUCCUUUCCCUCUCCCCAGGGCACUUCAUCAUAGGAAGACCGCUGAAUGCGUUACCAGCUCCCAGCCUAGAGGAAAGCAAGGAAAACAAUUUGCAAAGAUACGCUCGCCUUGAACAAAUAAGGCAAGUUUUCUGGCGGAGAUGGCAGAGGGAGUAUAUAUCUGAAUUACAGUCACGCACGAAAUGGAGGGCUGAUACUACAAGACUAAAUGUUGGAGACCUGGUGCUGCUGCAUGAAGACAAUGUGCCACCACUAAAUUGGCGCCUUGGACGUGUAUCUAGACUCUUCCCCGGACCAGACGGCAUCUCUAGAGUGGCAGACAUAAACACUAUAAGAGGAAGCGUGCGUCGCCCACUGGUCCGCCUGUGUCCCCUGCCCACUGCUGGUGAAACCCAAGCUUGAAAGUCUACGCCUUUCAACGGGGGGAAGAUAUGUUUGCGCCUAGCAUAAAUUUCAUAGCAAAGUCUCACAAGAACGUGUUGAUUAAUAUUAGUUUAAGUAAUAUUUUUAUUUUGAAUUGUAAGGUAGAUCAUUCUUUUUUCACUUUUUUCGUUUGGCUUUGUCUCGCACACACUAUCUGUACGUCGUAAUUUAUAUAAUCCAAAAUUAUACCAAAUCGAAGACAUUAUCGAGUUUCAUUGAAGAAAUUCCA